AUGGAAGAGUCUAUUGACAGAGAGUUCGUUGUGUCUUGGGGAAACGGAGGUAAUUGCUGCGCUUGCAGAAGAGUCACUGAAAGAAUCUCGAUCGGUUCUUACGGAGAUUAUUUCUGCGAAAUUUGCUCAGCGAACGAAAGAAUCAUUCGUUCUUAUGUACAUACCGCAGUGUUCAAAUGCCCUGAGAACAGUUGCAACUCGCGACUAUCAUUUCGUGAGCAUCUUCUUCGACGUUGCUGUAAUGCUGCGAUGCGCAAGGCGAAUGCAAGUAUUUCUGCCGAUGAUAUUGCCCAGCAAGAAGAAUUCAAAAAAUUGAAAAAUCAAAUGGAUCUUUUACAGACCGCAAAGGAGGAAGAAAAAGCUGCUAAAAGAAAAAUGGAUGAAACGAAAAAGGCAUUUGAUGACGCGACAGCUGAAUACACUAAGAAAAAUACCAACCGGGAGAAAAUUGAAAAUGAACUAGCAGCAUCCUUCUCCGAAGCAGCAAUUUCUUUGCAGAAUAAAGAAAAGCAAGAGGAUCGCCGUUUUUUCUGCAACGUCUGCUUUGAAAAAUACGAUGGAGAAGACAGACUCCAAUGCGUGCUUCAGUGCGGACAUCCAUCUUGCCACAAAUGCUUGACAACUCUUCCUGAGAAGCUCUGCCCUAUCUGCAGAAAGCCAUUCCAGGACGAGAACAUCAUUAAGCUUUUCUACAACUAA